GCAGGAUGACAUCGAGAUGGAAAAGAUACGACAGUAGCAUAGGGUGAUGAUGCAGGAGAGGCGUGAAGCGGAGGAAAAGAGAAAAGUAGAAGAACGAAGAAACUGCACGAGGAAAACGAGAGAAGACGCGAACAGGAUAUGGUCCGACAUACGGAAGAAAUCAGGCUUCAACUAGAAGCGGGACUUGAGGAGAAGUGGCGGCAGCAGACAAAGCAAGCGGUAGAAGCCGCCGCAACGGCGAAGGCAAAAGCGGAGGAGGCGAGAACCAGGGCUGAAGAGGCGAAUGCCAAGGCGGACGAGGCACAGGCGAAUUUUGAGAAGGCUAGAAUCGAGAAGGUGAGGAUGAGUGUGCGCAAGGCACGAGAUACACCGGCGGACUCGAGUAGGAAGAGAGUCAGGGAGUAUGUAUCCGAAGAAGUGACCUCAGCGGAUUCAGAUUCUGAUGGCGACACCACUGACUCCGACGAAGAGCUGAGGAGAACUAUUGAACGUUUGAAGAUGGAGAAAAGAGCGAGAAAGUCGGGGAAGAGGGGAAGACCGAAGAAACGGGAAGAUCUGGCGAAUGAGAAGACACCUUACAAGACACCUGACAAGAUUCAGUCCACGACGGAACGGGGAGAAUGUUCGAAAGGGAAGGCACAAACAAGGUGUAAUCGAGAGGAUAUGGAAGACGUUUUGAGGAAUACAAACGACAUUGGGUGCGGUUUCGGGGAACCAUGGGAUGAGAUCAAUCAAUGUCGGGGCUCACCGAGGAUGGGAGGAAUAAGGUUCAACAUACCGAGGGGCGACGAUGAGAUGCGGGCAGAUGAACCAAGGACACCAAUAGAGAAAGGCCAGAAGGGUCUGGCGGCAAAAUGUUCCAGGGAAGGCAUUAUUGACUAUUGUCUUUCAACACAAAAGAUCCUGUCCGCCAAGAAGGCAUCGAUGCUACGAAAGGUGUGUCAGAAGAAGGGCAUCAGAUAUACGAGGAAACCUGAGAUCAUCGAUGUCCUAGCGAGGGAGCAAGUUAAACUUGCAUACGAGGGUUUUGCGAAGGUGGAGACGGAGCCAGGGGAGGAGGAGAGAGCGGAAGUGAACCUGGGGGAGGAUAUGGCGGGACCUAAAAAGAGAGGAACGUGGUCGUCGGUUCAAUUAGCACCGGCGAGAGUCACUUUGAGAUCAGCGAAGAAGCAGAAAGCGCAGGAGACGGGUAAGACUCGGAAGAGGAGGAAAGGUAAGAGGGACAGGAAAAGGUUGAAAACGGGACAACGUGAGAGGAAGGGCGUCCUGAGUUUCACGCACGGAAGAGCGUACGAACGGAGGGUAUCGCUGAAGACCUGGUUGGAAGAAGAAUGGAUAAAGAACACGAAGGGCGAGAGGAGGGUGCAGUUCCACGCGGGAGAGAUCUGGUCGGACGGGUGGAGGGAGAUUAAGAGGCUUUUUGGGAUGACGAAAGUGAGGAUUAAUGGGAGGGUGAAGAAACUUUCUACGAUCAAGGGGAAACUAAAGCAAGGAAUGACGGUGGUGUUCAUCGGGAUCACUAAGACAAUGACGACAACGGCUACGUACAUGCAAGAACUGAGGUGGAUGCUCAAGAAACCGAUAUUAUUCAAAAAGAUGGUGAGCUAUACCACCAACCAACUGGUGGGAAUGUACCGGGCGGCAGGCUACUUCAGAGAGAAGAAGACCAAGAAUGAUUUGAGACUGAAGAUCGACAGGGCGGUGAAGAAGAAGACUGGGGUACGCAUACGGAAGAGGGUACAAGUGAAGGUCACGUACGAUAAACAGUUGGUGAAGAGGGAGAUAAGACAGGCGACAGAGGGUGUGGUGGGAAGAAAGGUGAAGGAUGCAGCCAUCACUAAUCAGAUUAAAGGAAGGGUAUGGGUGACCUGGAAACGGAACAGGACGGUAGGAGGGAUCAUGCAUAAUCAUCGGAAACAUGCACACGUCGGGGAACAGCUCUUCACAUGCAGAGCAGCCGGUCUUCCUACCAUAGAUAGACACGUGCUCACACGGUUAUCUGACUUGAAGGAGGUACCGGUUUUUAUGAAGAACAGUAGAAAUGUGACAUGUAGUUCGAAGGGUGGCGCUAUUCGGGCGAUCGUGCAAGCUAUCGUCGAGGGGACGAUUCACCUUGGAGGAAAAAUGGAGGAUGUCGACAUUCCAGCCGGCGGUUUCAUGAGCAAGGAAGUGACGGGGGCACCAGGGCAGGGCACGUGGGAUGAGGAGGAGGUGGCGACGUGGUGUAAGAGAUUCGAGGGACCGGUACUCGCCCCGGUGGACCGCAAUCAGGGCGAUACGGCAGUUAUCUGCCCUAUUAUUUAUCGGCACGCCUUUGGGAAGACCUUCGUGUGGAACUGUGACAACGAAGAUGCACGGGAAAAGGAGCAGGACAUCCUGCUGAGAGCGAGGAACGAGUUUGAGCAAGCCAGCCUGCAUAAGAUCGCUGCGUGGAAGACGGACAAGCGAAUUGGACGGGCGUAUGUCAUUCCCAAGGAUAAGGAUCUCGGCAGAUGGAGACCGAUAGCUCCAACCACGGGCGACCCAGCGGGAACGGCACAGCGAAAAGUGGGCAGGGCACUGCACUACCUUAUGAAGCUGUUCCCAAAGGAGCAGACUUUUUACCUUAAUUCAAUUCAGGAUCUACCCGCAAAACAGGAGGCGGUGAAGAAGAGAUUGACCGAGAUCGGAUGUACGGGGGUGGAGGGAAGAUGUUACGACAUAAAAGACAUGUUUGUGAAGAUACCGCAUGAUGCCGUUCGGCGGUCAGUCUGGCAGAUACUAGUAUGGUAUGCUAACAAAGGUUGGAGGCAGGUUAAGGUGUCCAGGACAGGAAGAAUGUGUACGCUGAGCAAGACCCGCAGGGCGACGGAUGGCUAUGUGGACAUCCGCUUCGAGAGUAUUUUUGCAAUGGUGGAGUACGAUCUCAACAAUGCGUAUGUCAACUGCGGGCAGGUGAUGAGGAGACAUAUAUCCGGAAUCCCCAUGGGGAAAUGUACUAGCCCGAUCGUGGCCACGAUUACUUGUGCGAUGACAGAGUUCAAUAUGCUGAAGGGGCUGGCCUCGGAUCGGAAGUUGGUCGGCGGAUGGAGGAUCGUAGAUGACAUCAUGGUGGUGGAGGGAAGGCAGGCGGGAGGGAGGAGUUCGAAUGAUGAGGUUUUCGGGAAACUAGAGACCAGCUAUGAUGAAAAACUGACUCUGGUUAGAAAGGACAGAGGGAAGGACUGAUGACAUUUUCAGGGCGGAUCAUUUUACCUGCUGCAACAGCCAGUGAGGCUGAUGUUCGUCCCGGGGAUGAAGAACCUGGUAACACU